AGUGAAAUAGAUAUUAUAAUACUAAUUAGAGAAUACACAAAAAUUCCGGUACCUCGGAUAUUCAGAUAUAAGAUUAAUAGCAAUAAUCUAACUAGAGUUGCCUUUAUAUUAAUAGAGUUUUUACUAGAAAAUAUUACUAUUAAUACUAAUAGUAAUUAUAAAGCAAAUUGCAGCUAUAUUUCUUAA